AUGGGCAUGUUUCAGCUCCUGAAAGCGAUGCGCGCAAGCAUGGAUGACUUAUCGGGAAAACAGCCAUCAGCGCGCAAGAUCCUGAUACCCAUCAGCGACUCUCCUGAAAGCAAAGCGGCCCUGGUAUGGGCAGUCGAGAAUCUCAUCCGGAAGGAAGACCAGGUGUUGCUCUAUCACAUGGUCAAGACGCCAACACUAAUUCCCACUGCAAUGGGAAUGGUACCCUACUCGGGGGCCUCGCCUGCGAUGCAAAAGGCGCACGUUCUAGUUGCGACAGCGGACGGGACCAAGUUGCUGCGCAGCUUGCAAGCCUACGGCACAAACAAAAAGAUCGAUGUGACAAUAGAGGUUGGACGGUGCGACAAUCGACAUGCAGAGCUACUGCGGAAGGCCAAAAAGGAGGCGGCGACGCUCCUGAUCAUGGGAGCUGGGGGAUCCCCCAGAUUCGGUCUGCGGUUGGGAAAAAAGCAAACCUUGUCGGCCCGCAUCUGCCGGGACGCGGAGUGCCACGUCAUCCUGGUUGACAAGAAAAAGCGCCCCACGAUCCACGCCAAAUCUCCGGCGAUCGAAAGCGUUGGCACCUCUCCUUCGGAACCCCGUGGGGAAGAGUCCGACAGCCGGGGACUAUCCCCGGGGGGCGGUUUGGCGGGGAUCCGGGCGAAGCUGGCCCUGGAAGUUCCGUCGGAGAUAGUGCUCGGCGAGUUGGCGACUCCAAAGUUUGACGCCAGCCCAGCAAAGGCACAGUACGCUAUCCUGCUGCCAGAUUUCGAGAAUCUCACGACUGCGUUUCUCUCCCACCUCAAACAUCUUCGGACGGUGCGCGCUCACACACGGGCGGCGCGCGCCACGGAAUCGGACGGCGCGCGCGCACCAGCGGAUGGCGAGCGCAAAGAAUCGGACACCCCGCGCGCCCAAUCGGACGGUUCUCGGACGUGCUCUCAAUCCCGAGAGCUCUUCCCGCUGCCCGAAUGGGACGCUGAGGGAAGGGCGGGCAGAGACGCGGACGCAAAGUCGGAGGGGAAGGUGACCGGAAAGGAGAAGAUGAGCGGAACGGGAAAGGUGGGCGGAAUGAAAACUGAAGAUGCGGUCGGAAAGGAGCACGGAACAGGGGGCGGAAGGGGCGAGGUGGACGGUGAGCCCGAGCGAGGUUCGGACGCAAAUGAGGAGGCUAAAGAAAAUGCGGACGUAGUUGCUGACAUCACUGCCGAAGCUCAAACGCCUCCGCUGGGGCGCGCGCGCGCGGGUGGUUCCGACUGUUCUUCGCUGACAGGAGUUCCUCAAUCGGAUGGAGCUUCACCGAGAGAAAAGGAGGGGCGCGCAUUUUUGGCGACGCCCCGGCCCUUUGGUAAUAGACUGGACGCGAUCGGGGUGCAACUACCCAGCCCGAAGACCGGCACUGUUCGAAAUGCGAAGCCGCCGCCGGGACCGUUGGAGUCCCCGUUCUGCAGUCCCCGCCGUGAAAAGCGGCCGAUUCCGUCAGCGAAGGCGCUGAUCAACCGGGUGUUUUUGGCUCUUAACGAGGCCACCUCUGCGGGGUCCAUUAAACCAGACCCGUUUUCAAAACCGUUUCUAAGUCCGCCGUCAAACCCGGUGUCAAACCGUCGCAGAAGCCCCGCUCGGUCACUCAGAUCCCGGGGGAUCCCUCCGCGGAAGCGCGCACCGGCGGACGGUUCCAGAGAGUCCCCGGUCGUCGGUUAUCCGUCGAUCUGGACGUUCGUGAAACCGCAGGUUACUGCGGGCCCCGUGUUCGGAGCAUUGUCCGAAAAUCUGUCCAACGAUCAUCCAGACGAAACGUUGCUGGACGAUCGUUGGACGUGUGUCAGAAAGUCGCAAGACAGUCGACGGGCGUCCGCAAGACACUCGCUGGACGGCCAGUUGCCAGACUUCGGGCGGAUGUCCGCCGGAAAGGCGCUGAGCGCUCGCCAGCUGUCCGCCGGACACUUCUCGGACGUUCGCUGGCUGUCACCCGGACAGCCUCCGAACGGUCGCCGAACUUCUCUCGGAAUUUCGCCGGACGCCCGCCGAACCUUCCGUGAAACGGCACCGGACAGCCGGCGGAAUUCCGCCAGACGCUCGCCGGACGCUUGCCGGACGUCCGAGGGGCGUCUGGGACGCUCGCCGACACCGUCCGAAAAUCAGACGGGUGCCGAACCGGAGGCCUUGAUAGCGCGGCUGAGGGAGCAAGUCGAUCUACUGACGGAGAUCGGCAGUCUGAGAGAUAGAGAAUUCGAAAACGUCGCGAGCCGCGCGAAGCAGGCGGAGAAGGCGGCGGAGGAACGAGAGAGGGCGCUCCUGACGGAAAAACUGAUGCGGGAGGAGGCGGAACUCAAGGCGAGGCGGCUCGCCAACCAGAUGGCGGCGUUGAGAGUGCAUGCAUCGCGCGCAAAUGCGGGCGCUGACGGUCCAAUAGGCUUUGCCAAGGACGAGCUUUCCGAGAGCUCGCGAAACGAGAGGUUCCUGAGCGUGCUCCCACGUUUUCCAAUGACGUUCGUUCUUCCGUGGAAUUGGGGAAGAACAACAGGAGAAAACUGGUGCACGGGAAAGGCGAAGUCAGGGAGGGGGUGA